CAGGCGUAAAGUACGGCACCAGCAAAUUCCUAUCAUUGAUGAUGGGGAGUGCAGCCACCGUGACGAAGCUGAAGGGGACGAAGAUGAGCUUGAAGAAGACGAGGAUGAGGAUGAUGACGCCAACAGUCUGCAACCCUCGAGGGAGAAAAGCAAAACUACAGAGCAGCAGAUCCCUGGGUUAGGAGGUGACGAGGAGCAGCAGCAGACGCCACCUGCCAAGAAGAAGUCUGCCUGCACAUUGCCGCCCAUUAAACAACCCUGUAUAUUAAUUUUGGACUCGCUGCCGUGCGCUCCUGACCGUGAGCACACCGUUGCCAUGCUGAGGGAUUACCUCAGAAUGGAAUACAUAUGCAAACGCAAAAGAAACGAUCGCACCUUCACACGCGAGACACUGAAGGGCGCUGUGCCAUGCGUACCGAAACAGACCAAUUUCAUCGACUGCGGCCUCUACACUCUUCAGUUCACCGAGAGCUUCUUUCGUCAACCUCUGAAGGACUACCGGUUUCCUAUAUCUUCAAUCGUCAACUGGUUUGACGAAGCCAUCGUAGCUGGCAAGAGGAAAGCCAUUGCGCGGCUCAUCAAGACCCUAAUGGAUGAAUAUAAUCCUAACAACAACUUUAUACUUCCACCAAUAAGCUUCAGUACGCCCGGAGAACGCCCGAAGAAAGUACGAAGAAAAAUGUGAACGGGAGUAAAAAAUCGUGCUUCCCAAGCCAAGAAGCGUGAGCGUCAGCAUAAACUGUUGUUGACGGUCUUUCGUCUUCAUCCUGUUCUUCUGAUAUCGGUGUAGGACCUCAUUUUGUGUCAAAUGUGUUGUCUUCCAAUUUGAUGAUGCGCAACAGUUCCUGCAAGUUAGUAACGAGUUCCAAUGACGCAAUGAACUCGGCUAACAUUUCAACACUUUCUUCAAAAUCGUUGUCGGAUUCACUUGGACCAAACUAUGUAAAAUUCUCUAACGUGGAAAUUGAACUCGCUUCUAUUAACCGGUCUGAUACAGCUGGAAGUCCGGUGUCGACGGAUGCCUCAUGUAACAUUGAUUUGGAAUUAAGUACAUCUGAUUUUGACUGAUUUAGAAUCCUCACAGCUCGCCAAGUUUGCAGAAUCACUCCACUAGUGCGUCGAUUGGCAGGCCGCUUCGACGGCUGACUGCGUUUUAUCAAGUGGUCAGGUUGCGAGCUCAAAUUUAGUUGCUAAACAGUACAGUUCACUUGCGACUGUAUCCUCUCUGCAAAUCUCCUCGCACACUUCUAAUGUCUUCGUGAACCAUCAAGGUGUACUAUAUAUUCCUGAACUUGCGUACAUACCUAAAUAAACUAGACUUCAUGAACUCAGCCAGACAUGGAUUUGAAAAAAAUUUUAUUUAUCCAAAAAAGUGGUUGAAGUUCCUUGUCGAUUGUGAUAUUGUUUUCACUAGUUAUAUGUGUCAGUGAUUAUGAAUAAGACAGCCGGAGUCACCGUAUUCAUCGACUUGGAAACUGAAGUUUAUCUUACUUAGUUUUCUGUUUUGUUUUUUCUUUGAUGGACAAAGUUUACAUGUUUACAUUUUUCGUUGCCUGCCGAACUAGAAUUAAUCACCGUAUGCAAGUGUAAGCUGGCUUGCUAAUAAAAAUAUAAAAAGACAA